UGCCACCGCGCUCCUCCUUAUCCAACCUCACUCUGGCUAACGUUAACCUCCUCGGGUCGUUGACAGCAGUAGUAAGGGCAUAAAUAAGACAGCCACUCACUUAAAGUCACUGCAGACCUGAGGGUUAUGAGAAACGUGUCGUUACACCAGGAGACAUUUUUAGAAAGACACUUUCCACAGCUGUGUCGACGAGAUAACAUUAACGUUGUUACAGUGAGCUAACAGCUAGCUAACGUUGCCUAACUUGCUAACGCGUUCGCUAACUUGGAAAAAGCUUUCGAAAAACCUGCUAGAAACUCGAAACAACGCACCAAGUGAAGGAUAUAAAUGUAUCAGACAUAUUCGUGAUUGUGUCUAAUGUUUAAGCUGUGAGGGCCUGGUGGUGCUGCCCCUGUCUGCAGAAGUUGAAUUCAUGAGCAGGUUCAGUGACAGCAGUGCGUAGUCCUCCGGGAUGGGGAGUGGAGUCCAGGAGCAACGGGCCUCACUACAGGGAGAAGUGCUGCCAAACAUCCACCCCAAAACAAAGGACCUGCAGCAGACGCGCUCCAUACUCAACUCCAUCUUCUCUGGAGCUUUAGCGGGCGCUGUGGCCAAGACAGCUGUCGCCCCAUUGGACAGAACCAAAAUCAUCUUCCAAGUGUCUUCAGAUAGAUUCUCUGGUAAGGAGGCCUACAGGUUGAUCUACCGCACCUACCUGAAGAAUGGCUUCUUCAGCCUGUGGAGGGGGAACUCUGCCACCAUGGUGCGAGUCAUCCCGUACGCUGCCAUCCAGUUCUGUGCGCACGAGCAGUACACGAGGAUGCUGGGAGGCUACUACGGCUUUCAGGGGAAAGUCCUGCCUCCAAUCCCGAGGUUCCUGGCCGGGGCUGUGGCUGGUUUCACGGCAGUUAUGCUGACCUAUCCUCUGGACAUGGUGCGAGCUAGGAUGGCUGUAACGCCGAAAGAAAUGUAAGUAUCUUUCA